AGAACAUUGUCGCGGAACGAAUCGCCGAGUGCCAGGUGGAUGGGAGAAUAUAUUAUACCGGAGGAACAAAUUAAAAAUAAAAUUUAAACUAAGAAGUGCGUACCCAGAAGAGCAGGAUGAGAUCUCAAAACGCGUUCAUGCCCUCGCUGGUGCUUAUGUCAGUGUUCCUGGUCAGCCCCGAGAUCGCCGAAAGCAGAUUAACCGUGGCGCAACUCCGAACCACGGCGGUGCCCUUCCGUAAAAGCUGCAUCAGGAAAGUGGGAACGACGGAAGCGGCAGUACGAGCGGUGGAAAAUGGUGACUUCUCGCAGGGUCAUACCUUCCAGUGCUACUACAAGUGCGCCUUGGAAAAAAUGAAGGCGAUAAAGCACAACAAAUUGGACCCAGAGGAGGUGCAUCGGCAAGUCGCCCUACUGGCCGUCGAUGACGAGAUCAAACCGCUGACCGCAAUGGUCAACGACUGCUUCGCGAAAGCAUCCAGCGAGGAUAUCUGCGAGGCAGCCUGGCAGACCGCGCAAUGUUGCUUCUCGACCAUCAAGGAGUUGUGCCCGAUCCCUUAAGAUGACGAGCUCUAGGAAUUUUCCGGGAAUUUUCUGGAGAGCAGGUAGGCUUUUCGAGGAUCACGGAAAAUGAGCGAAAGGACACCUAGCGGAUUCGGAGCUUAUCCUGCCGACAAACUCGGCGAGGAGGAGGACGCAGUGUCACGUGCUUUGCAUAACACCUUCGCAAACGCAUCCCAGUAGGGGAUCUCCCCCAGAAGCAGGAACCCCGUCGCGGUCGUGAACUUCCGAUAGGACGUAGAACAGGUGCAGGAGAGCUUCCCGGGGUCCUGUGGGAACUCCACGUCUAUCCCGGAAGCCCGAUGGGAUUCGAGGCAAUAAAGCUCCCGAGCCCGAAUCGAUUGCCAGCCCCUCUACAGGUGCAUCCUCGAAGGAGCCUCCUUUCCUCCAAACUGAAUAAAAAAAAAAAA